AUUCGUCUGGAAACUACAUCACUAGCAGUUUUCCUCCCUUUGCUCAGUCAGUCUCUCCAUCCCUGAUUUUGUGUUUGCUGCGUCUCCACUCAUUCACCGUUAAACAAAGGGAGCAGAAUGGGAGCGAAGCUCAGUCGAAAGAAGAGUGAAGCGGGGAUUGGAGCAGAGACAGCAGGUCCAGCUGUAACAGAAACUGAAACAGCAGACGGGACAGAGAACCAAGAGCAAAAAUGUUGUGAAGGGAAUAAGCCUGAAGAAGAGAAGCCUGACUCCUCAACCAGCGUCCUGCACAGCAUCACUCAAGCUGUAGGAGAAACGGUCAAUGCAGUCACUGAACAGAUUGCUGCACCGGUGGAAGAUGUGGUAAACAAAGGCAUUGAAGCAGUGGAGUCUGCAUUGGCAUCCGUCAGUCUGAUUGGGAAGGAAUCUGCAGAGCAAGACCCCGAGCAGAAGUCUGAUCCUGCUUCUUCUGAUGUUGAACCCAGCCUCUUGGAUGACCUGCUGAAAUCUCCAAUCUCAGAAGCCCUCAUUUCUGGAGUGGCAGUGGUGAGUGAAGCCAUGACCGGUGAGACGGUGGACGACAAAAGUAGCAAUCCCGCACCAGCAGAGAAGGAAUGUCUGGAUAAGGUGGAGACGCCCUCAUUGGACCUCGUGGACUGUAAACUGACUCAUGAAACCACAAUCCCUGACUCAGAUCCCUCAUUCACUUUGGAGGAUAUGGGACAGAAUGCAGUGGACACAGUCAACCUCAUUUAAACCACUAUACUCUCCUUUAGAAGUCAGCAGCGGCUGGAAGGUUAUUAGAUGCAUGUGUGUCACAACAUUAUUAAAGAAAAUGAACAGUCAUGUUUUCCCCAAGGAUUUAGUAUUAAAACAGGAUUGUCCGAUUCAGAAUUUAACUGUGGUAUCCAAACUGGAUGAACAUUUUUUGAAUGUAAGAAUGAAAUGAAAGGAUAAGUAAACCAAUAAUUUUAUAAAUGUAUAUCAAAAGUUAAGGAAAACUUUGGAAGUUAACCUUGUUCUUUUAAGAGAUUGUUCACCCAUAAAUUUAAAUUACCUCAUAAUUUAGUCUCCAUCAUGUGGUUUUAAACCAUUAAGAGUUUCUUCUCUUGAACACAAAAGAUGAAGUUUUGAAGACUGCUGUUGUGGCUGGCACCAUUUGACUUCCAUAGUAAGAAAUAAUAAAUACUAAAUGGAAGUCAAUGGGUACCAGCCAUUUUUUAAAUAUCUUAUUCUGUGUUCAACAUCAGAAAAGAACUCAAAUUGGUGAUAUCCCAGCAAAAAAUUUUGUGUCAUCUAAUAAACAUCUAAACAUAGACAGCUUGGCUAAAACAAGGCUAAACUCUGGCUGUCAGUGAAAAUCUAAUAGACAUCUAAACAAAAUAGCCAAAAACUACACUAGUCGUCAAAUAGACAGACUAUUACAGUACAGUAGUCAUUCAUAUCUGUUUAUUUGAUGACUAGUCUAGUUUUGGCCUAUUUUUGGACAUCUACUAGAUUUUAACCAUGUUGAUUUAACCAAGAUGACCAUGUUUAGACGUCUAUCAGACAUCUAUUCGACAUCUUUUAAAAAAAAAAUAAAAAAUGCUUGCUGGGAUGAUAGCAGAAUUUUCUCUUUCUUAGUGAACGAUCCCUUUACUUGUGAAUAUUACACAAGCCUUCCUUGAAAAAAGACCCUUUAAGUUACAUGUAAACCCCACUAGGAAAACAAUCCAGCCAUGUCAGAUCUAAUGAACAUUCCUAAUGUUAUUCCUACCAAUUUGUCGACCAGCCGUCUAACUUUUUCUCUUCUUGAUGGUCUGUAUUCUUCCAAGCUGAUUGUGUAUGAACGGUACAGCCAGUCUCCCAUAGGAGAAAUGAAAAAGAAUGUACAUUAAAACAAUGAUUGUAGUAAAUGAAAAUAAAGACUUCUACAACUCACAA